AUGAGUGAAAACGGAGGGGAAAUCGUUUCUGGCAAUGCGACAGUUAGUUAUCCAAUUCAUGUAAAAUAUUGUGGUGCUUGUACGUUGCCACUAGAAUAUUGUGAAUAUAGUGGAAUGGUAGAUAAAUGCCGUAAAUGGCUAGAAGAUUAUUUACCGAAUGAAUUCGAUAAACUUUGUGCAGGAAAUGAGGAAACUGCUGAGUCAGAGAAAAAACAUCAAAAACGUGGUGGCAAGGGUUUAAAAAGUACCGAAAAAAUGGAAUCAGACAAAAGCAAAAAAAAAGUGCUUCCCAAAGUAACGUUACAAAAAUCAUCUCGUGGUAAAAAUAAAUCCGUCACGGUAGUAAAAGGACUUGCACUUUUUGGAGUUGAUCUUAAAGCAGCAGCUAAAUUGUUUGCUGCAAAAUUCGCAUGUGGCUCAUCAGUAACAGCUCCGGAUGAGAUUGUAGUGCAAGGUGACGUGAAAGAUGAGUUACUGGAGGUAAUAACAGGUAAAUGGCGCCAGAUCGAUGAAGGUUCCAUAGAAGAUUUAGGCGACCAUAAGCGCUAA